GUCAAAAUGAUGAAAAAGAAAGCCUUGAGCACUUCUACAAUCUUCGAAAGCAAGGACGUGAAUGACCAGGCUGAGUGGGACUAUAUAGCAGGGUUUGAGAAUUACCAGCCGGUUUAUGGUAGUCAAGAGGGACAGGAUGGAGGAGAGCAGCCGGAUUGGAUCCUUGAUAGGCUGAGUGAGUUUAUGGAGGAUAGAGAUGAGCAGAUGAGGCCGACUGGUGAGGAAGAGGGUAAGUUUGAGAGAAGAAAGAAUUGAUCAGAGCAUGAAAACCUCAACUUGAACCAAACCUACACCCUCAAAGCCCCCUCAAACGCUGAAAUCGAGAAAUCCCUAUCUUCCCUUUCCCAAAACACCUCCUUCCAAAACCUGCCCACUCCCGAUUCCCCUCCUCCUGAACCCCCUAGCCCAGCCCCAAUCCAUAACCCUCCACCAGCCCCAAGCCCCUCACUGUCAAAACCCUUCACUCUACCCCUAACCAUCCCUGAAAUAGACAAAACCUGCAAAAAACUUAUCAAGGAAACCAUGAAGAAAAAGAAAGAAAAUAGGAAGAAACUAGGCAGAUAUCGUAAAUAUCUUAAUGAUUUGAGAUCAAGUCAGAAGACAGGUGUAAAAUAAUGGGAAAAGGCUGAGUUGUGCCAAGAAGAAGAAACCUAGCCUCUGGAAAGGGAAUACCUCACAGUCAAGGAAUUGGAAUGGAGGGUUUAGAAGGAAUAAGGUUUUGGGGGUCACGCAAGAAGAUAGUCCAAAAAGGUCAUAUAUGGCAAAAGCAGCCAUGACUACUCCGUAUAAACUUCCCACAUCUGCUUCGAGUCCUAAGUCGUUGAAUAGUUUUUAUAAGCUAGCAAGGAAUAGCAUGACAGAAAGUAAAGGCUUUAAGAAUUUGAUAAGAACUGGACCAAUUAAUCAAAAGCAAAUAUUGUUUGAUGCAUCCAACAAUCGGAGAAGCCCAAGCUGAGGUUUUAAAGAAGAAACACCUCUUAAGAAUGAUUUUGAAUGGAGUUUAGCUAAAAGAGGGAGCAGCUCUAUUAAAAAGGAACCAGGAAGAAAACUUUCACAGAAAGUAAUUCGAGAUACUCCUCCUAAUAUCUUGGAAACUCCAACACCUAAGAUUGAAUAUGAAAUUACCCAGAAGGGUUCCAAAAGGAGCUAUCAGAAGCAGAGAAGGAGAAGCCAGUUUUUAUUAAUAAGUAAAACUAUUGGAAACUCUCCACAGAGAUUUAAACACCUUCAGGCUAAGAAAAGCCCAAAGAAGAACUAUUUAAGUACAACUUUUAGCACAAAGCGUAGAUUUACAUACUCAUCUAAGAACUUAAAGGUAAGGGUUCCCUCUCAUCUCCAACAUCACACUACUAAUUAUCUUUUCCUGAGUCAUUAAAAUCCCAUUGCAUUGCUAGAAAUACCCCUUGGGACCAAUACAUGAGCCCCAGCGUAACUAUGCCUUCACUAUUCAUCUCAAAACCAGUGCUAAAGCAGUAGGAAUAAAUCUACAAAAUCUAGCACAGUCUUACUCCAAAUUGGACUCUUUGCUAACCCUCGUGUCUAGCUUGGCCUAGUGAUCAAUUCAGUACUUAAUAUAAAGAGAUAAAGAGGAUUUUGUGUAACAGUUUUCAAUCUU